AUAUGGAAAUGAAAGAAUCUGGAGUAAUUAAUGAACAAAAUAUUGCAGAAUCAAAAGUAGCUUUAGUAUAUGGUCAAAUGAAUGAAUCGCCGGGGGAGCUUGUAUGAGAGUUGGUUUAACUGUCCUGAUUAUGGCAGGAUAUUUUUGAGAUUUCAAUGAACAAGAUAUGCUUCUAUUUAUCGAUAAUAUCUUUCGCUUCGUCCAAGCAGGAUCUGAAGUAUUUGUUUUAUUGGGUUGAAUGCUCUCUGCUGUGGGUUAUCAACCCACUCUUGAUACUGAAAUGAGAUCUUUAUAAGAAAGAAUCACUUCUACUAAAGAGGGGUCCAUAACUUCUACUCAAGCCGUUUAUGUACCUACAGAAGAUUUAACCGAUCCUGCCUUGUUACGACAUUUGCACAUGUAGAUGCUACUAGUGUACUAUCAAGAGGAUUAGCGCCUAAAGGUAAUAUUGAAAAAUUCAUAUUUCAGUUAAAGGGGUGGGGUUGUUGAAGACAAUAUUGGAAAAUUCAGAUUUCAGAUAAUACAGUAAGAGCGAGUGUUGGUAAUGGUGGUUGAGCAUGGGCACGGGCUUUGCCUGAAACUUUAAUGUUUCGCCAUUCUUCCCGUGAACGUAACAAACAAGUUCAGAAUCCAGAUCCAGUGAUUCCCAUUAUAUUACGAUUUUGCGUCAUGGCAAGGAUCUCAAAAGUAUUACUAAAAAAUUAAAAAUUAAAAAAAGUAAACGGAAAAGGAGAUUGUGUUGUGUACCUCAACAUUUGCCAUCUCAUUCAACAACUCAAUCUCCCUUCCCUUGCUUAUUUAUUCUCUACACUUACGCGUAGGGUCUCAAAUAUUUGAGGUCUCAGAUUCCCAAUUCUCCGUUCGCCACCUGUUAAGAAGAUAGAGAGAGAGAGAUUGAAAAUGCCUGCAGAGAAGUCCAACAGUUGCGAUAGCGAAGUGGAAGCGUUCGUGGAGGUUGAUCCAACGGGGAGGUUCGGGCGUUACAGCGAUCUUCUUGGUUGCGGAGCAGUGAAGAAGGUAUACAGUGCGUUUGAUCAAGAGGAAGGAAUCGAGGUGGCGUGGAAUCAGGUUCGGCUGAGGAACUUCAGCGAAGACCCUGUUCUCAUCAAUCGCCUUCACUCUGAAGUUGAGUUGCUCAGAACCCUCAGCAACAAGUACAUCAUCGUCUGUUACAGCGUGUGGAAGGACGAGGAGCGCCACAAUAUCAAUUUCAUCACUGAGGUCUGCACCUCCGGGAACCUCAGGGAUUACCGCAAGAAGCACCGCCACGUCUCCAUUAAGGUCUUCAAGAAAUGGUCCAAACAGGUCCUUGAGGGAUUGGAGUAUCUUCAUACGCAUAACCCCUGCAUCAUUCACAGGGACCUCAAUUGCAGCAACAUCUUUGUCAACGGCAACAUUGGCCAGGUGAAAAUUGGUGAUCUUGGAUUGGCUGCAAUAGUGGGACGUAACCAUGCAGCACAUUCAAUCUUAGGGACACCAGAGUACAUGGCACCCGAACUGUACGAGGAAGACUACACUGAGAUGGUGGACAUAUAUUCUUUUGGAAUGUGUUUGCUUGAAAUGGUAACAACGGAAAUACCCUACAGUGAAUGUGACAGUGUGGCCAAGAUAUACAAAAAGGUCACGAUGGGAAUCAAGCCUGAGGCCUUGAGCAAAGUCACAGAUCCUGAGGUGAAGGAAUUCAUUGAGAAGUGCAUAGCACAGCCAAGGGCAAGACCUUCAGCCACAGAUCUCCUUAAGGAUCCUUUCUUUUAUGAACUCAACAAUGAUGAAGAAUCAACGCCAAUCAAUUGAAUAACUUCAUUCACACGUAUUCAGAGUUCAUUGUUUGACCCUUUAGUCCAACUACUUUUUACUUCCAAGUAUAUUUGUAUCCCACAGGCCACAACUAAUUGUUGAUCAGUACAUGAGUUUCCACUCCAGUUUCACUAUAUCAGUGAUGUACAUAACUUCCACAGUGGACUGAACAAUAGAUGACACUGUUUGGAGAAAAUGCCAAUCCACUUGUAGAUUUUCCAGCUGCUUCCCUCA